UUCUCAGUGUUUGUGGGGGACUUGGCCUCUGAGGUGGAUGACUUCCAGCUGCAUCAAGUAUUUAAGAAGUAUCCAUCCUGCAAAGGAGCCAAAGUAGUCACUGACCAGUAUGGGUACUCAAAAGGCUAUGGCUUUGUAAAGUUUGGGGAGGAGAGCGAGCAGAAGAAGGCCAUUGAUGAGUGCCAGGGUACGGUGCUGGGAGGAAAACCACUCAGGCUCAGUAUCGCUGUAGCAAAAAGCCAGAAAACCCCCAGCUACCCAGGGGUCCAGGGCCAGAGUUACCAUAACAACUACAAUCAGACACCGUCCAAUUAUUACGGCAGUCAGGGGGAUUAUUACUCUCAGUGGGGCGGCUAUGACCAGUACAGUGGCUACAACAGCGGCGCCUAUGGGAGUGGAUACAACAGUGGCUACAACAGCUACAACAGUGGCUACGGCUAUAAUUAUGGGCCCUAUGGAUACCCCCCACCAGGCCACAUGAUGCCACCGCCUCCCGUGGGGAUGCCACCGAUGACCGCCGACAUGACAGGAGCUGUAGCGACCCAAGAGCAGACUAAAGAUGACGAGGACGAUAACGUAGAAGAACCCAUCCCUGAAUGUGACGUGGAGCUGUGGAACAAAGAAUUUAUGCAGCGAAGUGAAGAGCUUUACGAUGCAAUGACUAACUCCCACUGGGAGCCGCUGGACUCUGUCGACUCCCCCAUCCCCACUUCCUCUUGAUGUUUUUUUCCACUUUCCCCCAACCCUUUUAAAAAACAAAGUUUUUAUACUUCCAUAUUGACACCUUAUAAAUGUCAGCAGGAGUUUAAUGCCUCUAUAUUAGCUGUAAGUAUAGAAAUUAUUUUUUUUCAUUUAGCCUUUAUUUAUC